AUGAUCGUGCGAUCAAACAAUUCACUAGGUCAUGUUCUAUUCUGCUAUAUCUUGGCUAUCAGAAUCAACUAUCAUUUAACUGCAUUUGAAAUGUCUCCUCCGUACGACCAGCCCAUAAUCAAUGUCAUUGAAUAUGUCUACGAUUAUCAACUCGACCAAAACGACGAAGAAAUGUGGAAAUGCGCCCGCACCGUUCUCCUUGAUACAAUAGGCUGCGCCAUUGAGACAGCAGCAACAAGCAAAUCAUGCCGCAGGCUGCUUGGCCCCGUAAUCGAGAAUACAAUCGUACCGAAUGGAUUCAAAGUCCCCGGAACGAACCUGCAAGUCGACCCUCUGAAAGGGGCAUUCGACAUGGGGGUUUUGAUACGGUAUCUAGAUCACAACGAUGCACUUGGCGGUGCGGAAUGGGGACAUCCGUCUGAUAAUCUCGCCGCUAUAAUACCGGUCAUGGAUUGGCUUUCGCGUACGAGUAAAGAGGAACAGACUUCCCAGCAAGAGCUACCGAUGACGAUGCAGACACUGUUGAUUGCUCUAGUCAAGGCGUAUGAGAUACAGGGGUGUUAUCAAAUGCAGAAUGCGUUCAAUGCCUACGGGAUUGACCAUGUAGUGCUGGUCAAACUGGCGUCCGCAGCCGUUGUCUCCUGGCUACUUGGACUAACAAGAGAACAAGCCAUGGCGACAUUAUCUCAUGUCUGGAUGGAUGGUCAUCCGAGUCGAUUGUACCGAACAGGUUCGAAUACUAUAUCGAGGAAAGGGUGGGCGGCCGGUGAUGCGGCGAGGAGGGCUAUGCAAUUGGCCCUGAUGAUACAACAGGGCCAGGAUGGAUCACCGGAGGCUUUGAGCGCGCGGCCAUUUGGCUUCUGGGAAAGGACGUUUGGUGAGAAUGGGUUCAUUUUUCCUCGUGCUUUUGGGUCUUGGACUGUGCGCAAUGUCUUGAUUAAGACUAUGCCUGUGGAGGGGCAUGCGAUCUCGGCUGUUGAGGCUGCUGUUUUACAGUCCCGAUUGUAUCGACAAAGGGGAUUUGUUGAUCCUGUGGGGGAUGUCGAGAGCAUCUACUUGAGGACGACGGAAGCUGCGUCUCUGAUAAUUGACAAAAAGGGCCCACUGCGAAAUGCGGCGGAUCGAGACCAUUGCAUCCAGUACGUGGUUGCUUUGGCGUUCUUGAAAGGAAGUCCACCAGAAGCUGCAGAUUAUUUUGACGGGAGUUUCUGGGCACAAAGCGAGGAGCUGGAAGCUUUGCGGGCAAAAAUUGUGGUCCAGGCUGACUCUGGUCUUCAAAAUGACUAUUUGAAUCUUGAAAAGAAAAGCAUCGGUGCAGGGAUGACGGUCCAUCUCAAGAAUGGUCUUGAGUUGCCUGAGGUGCUUAUUGAAUAUCCAGUGGGACAUGCGCGAAACCCCGAAACACCAACUGCGGUGCAGGAGAAGUUUGUGAGAAACAUGGGGCAUCUGUUCUCUGCAGCAGAUAUCUGUCGGACACUUGAAGCAGUUCAAGAUUCAAAUAUGUUGAUCUCAGAUUUUAUGGAGCUGUUCGUCCCUUCUUCAGCCACGUCAAGACUAUAG